AUGGACGACAUAAUAAACCGACUCAAAAACAAAGACAAGGUUGUUCAGCAAAAGGCGGCCUUGGAACUUCGACUACUGGUCGAAGGACAACCUAAUUUAUUAAAUGAAGCUAAUAAACGAAUAUUUGAAAUGAUGCAAGGAGAUACACCUGACAAAAUUGGUGGUAUCAUUGCUAUCGAUUCGUUGAUUAAUAAUAAUAUUGAAACGACAACUCUUUCUCGUUUUACAAAUUACUUGAAAAUGGUUCUACCAAGUGGAGAUCAACAAAUAAUGAUUUUAGCAUCAAAGGCAUUAGGCAAGCUAGCUGCACCCAGUGGUGCCGUGACAGCUAUAUUUGUGGCGCGAGAAGUAAAUACAGCCUUAGAAUAUUUGUCGGGUGACCGACAUGAAUCGCGUCGUUAUGCUGCCGCGCUUGUGUUACGAGAAUUAGCGCAAAAUGCACCAACUUUAAUAUAUACUUAUGUAUCAGUAAUUUUGGAAAAUAUAUGGGUUGGAUUGCGGGACCAAAAACAAAUAAUCCGAGAUGCUUCUGCAGAGACUUUAAGUGCAUGUUUAAAAAUUGUUUAUGAACGCGAGAGUACAGCGAGAACUCAAUGGUAUACAAAAAUAUAUGAAGAAGCAUCAAAAAAUUUAAAGUCUAGUAAUGCUGAUCAAAUACACGGGGCAUUGUUAGCAUAUCGAGAGUUAUUACAUCAUGCAAAGAUGUUUAUGAGUGAAAGAUAUAAGAGUGUAUGCGAAACUGUGUUACGCUAUAAAGAUUACCGGGACAAUCUUAUUCGGAAAACUGUGAUUUCUUUAAUACCAGUUCUUGCAGAAUUUAACAGCGAAGAAUUUGUCAGUACAUGUGUUCAUAAAUGCAUGUUGCAUUUGUUAGGUCAACUUAAAAAGGACAGAGACAGAUCUAUAUCAUUUAUUGCUAUAGGACAAGUAGCCAUUGCUGUAGGUAGUAACAUGGGGCCUUAUUUGGAUUCUAUAUUAAGCAGUAUUAAGGAAGGUCUUACACCUAAAGCACGCAGCCGUGCCGGUAAUGAAGCUCCCUUGUUUCAAUGUAUUGGAAUGUUAGCACGUGCUGUUGGUCAAGCGCUUACCAAGCAUAUGCAUGAACUAAUGGAUUUGAUGUUUGCAUGCGGACUAAGUGAACCAUUACGACAAGCUUUAAUGGACUUGGCCAGAUUUAUUCCUCCCCUAUUACCGAAUAUUCAAGAACGUCUCUUGAAUAUGUUGUCUAUAACCCUUAGCGGACAGCAGUUUCGUGCCCCAGGAUCACCUGCGUCAGAGGGUCCGGACUUGAGACGUCAUCUUAAGACUGAUAUGUCAGAAAUGAAAGAUGUAGAGACAGUGACAUUGGCUCUUAAAACGCUUGGUAGCUUCAAUUUUGAAGGUCAUAUUUUAAAUGAGUUUGUAAGAGAUUGCGUAGUUCGGUAUCUUGAGCAAGAUAAUCCUGAAGUACGAGAAGCAGCUGCAUUAACUUGCUGCCAGUUGUUUGCCCGAGAUCCAAUACUGGAUCAAACUAGCAAUCACGCUAUUUUAGUAGUUAAUGAAGUCUUGGAAAAACUUUUAACAGUUGGAGUUGCGGAUCCCGAUCCGAAUAUUAGAGAAACCGUGUUGAAAAAUCUCACAGAAAGAUUUGAUAAACACUUGGCGCAAGCUGAAAAUAUUCGAUCAUUGUUCCUUGCCUUAAACGAUGAAGUCUUUACUAUUCGAGAAAUCACUAUUACAAUUAUAGGUCGUCUCGCUUCUCAUAAUCCGGCCUAUGUAAUGCCAUCAUUACGUAAAACGCUCAUCCAGCUACUUACGGAAUUGGAAUAUUCUAGCAUGAGUCGUAAUAAAGAAGAAAGUGCACGAUUAUUAAGUCUUUUAGUAUCAGCUUCACAAAAGUUAAUAAAACCUUAUGUAGAGUCGAUAUUAAAAGCUCUUUUGCCGAAAUCUCGUGAUCCAAGCCCUGCUGUAGCAUCGAGUGUAUUAGCUGCACUUGGUGAAUUAGCUCGUGUUGGUGGUGAAGAUCUUACACCAUACUUGGAUAGCUUGAUGCCUUUGAUCAUUGAUGCCCUUCAAGAUCAAAGUUCAACUGUAAAACGAGACGCUGCACUUAAAACCUUGGGACAACUUACAAGCAAUACCGGCUUUGUAAUUGAGCCAUAUCAGAAAUAUCCUCAAUUACUUUCUAUUAUGAUUAAUAUUUUAAAGACUGAGCAGUCAACUUCUAUUCGACGCGAAACUGUGAAAUUAAUAGGAAUUCUCGGUGCAUUAGAUCCUUAUCGUCAUAAGAUAACAAUUGGCUCAUCCGAAGAUUCUUUAUCUGAUCCUAAAGCUACAAAUACAGAUGUAUUUUUAAUGAUGGGUUUAGGACCUUCUUCAGAGGAUUAUUAUCCAACUGUCGUUAUUAAUGCGUUAAUGAAAAUCCUUCGAGAUGCUUCAUUGAAUGCGCAUCACACCGCUGUUAUCGAGGCUGUCAUGUAUAUUUUCAAGACGUUGAGCUUGAAAUGCGUUCCUUUCUUACCACAGAUUACUCCUGCAUUCUUAGGCGUAAUGCGUACAUGCCCUAGUGGUAUGCUUGAAUUUUAUUUCCAACAAUUGGGUAUCCUAGUUUCUAUUGUUAAACAGCACAUUAGGAAUUAUCUUUCUGAUAUUUUUGCCUUGGUUGAGAGUUUUUGGAAUCCAAGUUCUACAAUUCAGAUUACAAUUAUUGAUCUUGUCGAACAAAUCGCUAUAUCUCUUGAUGGUGAAUUUAAGAAUCAUUUGCCAGUAUUAUUGCCUAUUAUGUUACAGAUAUUUGAUCAGGACAGGAGUGAAAAACGUAACCCAACUCUUAAAGUGUUACAUGCUCUUGUAGUAUUUGGCACUAAUAUUGAGGAAUAUAUGCAUCUUGUUAUUCCUGUGGUUGUCAAGCUUUUUGAGAAAUCAGAUGUACCGCUUCAACUUCGCAAGUCAGCAGUUCAAACUAUCGGUCAAAUGUCUAAGAAAGUGAAUUUCUCGGAUCAUGCAUCUAGAAUAAUUCACCCAUUAGCACGUGUAUUGGCAAUGCCAUAUGCGGAUUUGAAGACUGCUGCCAUGGACACACUUUGUGCUCUUGUCGUUCAACUAGGGUCGGAUUAUGCUAUAUUCAUUCCAAUGAUAAAUAAAGUAAUUCAAAAACAACGUAUCCAGCACCCUGAUUAUGAGAUGCUCGUUUCGAAACUCCUUAAAGGAGAACCAUUGCCUGUAAGCGAAGAAAGGUCUAAUGAAACAAGAACUGAAGAAACGCCUGCCGCAGAGACAAACGCUAAAAAAUUACCAGUAAACCAACAGCAUUUGAAAAAUGCGUGGGAAUGUUCUCAAAGAUCCACGAAAGAUGAUUGGCAUGAAUGGAUACGCAGGUUAAGUGUAGAAUUACUUAAAGAAUCCCCGUCACAUGCUCUUCGAGCAUGUGCUAGUUUGGCCGGUGUAUACCAUCAGCUCGCAAGGGAAUUAUUUAAUGCAGGAUUUAUAUCUUGUUGGUCUGAGUUAUAUUAUCAAUAUAAGGAUGAAUUAGUAAGUUCUUUAAUGUCUGCAUUGAGAGCACCAAAUAUCCCUGCGGAAAUUGUUUCGACCAUUUUAAAUUUGGCUGAAUUUAUGGAGCAUUAUGAUAAGCCACUCCCUAUUGAUAUAAGAACGCUUGGUAAUCACGCUGAAAAUUGUCAUGCGUAUGCUAAGGCCCUUCAUUACAAAGAAUUGGAAUUCAUCGGUGAAGCGUCCACAGAGACAAUUGAAAAGUUGAUUCAAAUUAACAAUCAGUUACAAUUACCAGAUGCCGCUAUCGGUAUACUUACACACGCACAACAGAAUCCAAAUUUGCAAGAUUUACAAUUAAAAGAAAAUUGGUAUGAAAAGCUGAAUCGUUGGGAAGAUGCGUUAACAGCAUAUGAAAAACGUCGAACAGAUGAUCCAAAUGAUAAUGAAGCGACUCUUGGCGUGAUGCGUUGUCUACAUUCAUUGGGUGAUAUGGAUGGGCUUUCUGAACUUGUUCAAGAAAAAUGGCCUGAAGCGGAAACUGAAAUGCGCAAGUCAAUUGCUACCUAUGCAGCUGCUGGCGCAUGGUCUUUAGGCCAGUGGGGUUUAAUGGAGGAUUACAUUAAAAAUAUUAAAUCUGAUAAUUAUUAUAGACCAUUCUAUCAAGCUAUUAUUGCUUUACACAAGAACCAAUAUUCAGAGGCUGUUCGUUAUAUCGAUAAAACUCGAGAUUUAUUAGAUACAGAAUUGACAGCUCUUGUUGGCGAGAGCUAUAAUAGAGCUUACAAUGUUGUUGUUCGUGUUCAAAUGUUGGCAGAAUUGGAAGAAAUCAUUACUUACAAACAAUAUGCCGACCAGCCUGAUCGUCAAGCAACUAUCCGAAAAACUUGGAUGAAGAGGCUCAAGGGGUGCCAACGAAACGUAGAUGUUUGGCAACAAAUUCUCAAAGUUCGAGCGUUGGUGAUUUCACCAAAAGAAAACAUGGAAAUGUGGAUUAAAUUUGCAAAUUUAUGUAGAAAGAGUGAUCGUCUUGAGUUUGCAGAAAAAACAUUAAAAUUACUUUUAGUUGGUGAUCAAAAGUUAGAAUUAAUUCAUCCAUCGAUUCUUGCAAGAGCCUCUCCGCAAGUUGUUUAUGCACAUUUGAAAUGGAUGUGGGCAAGUGGAGUUCGUGAAGAAGCAUUAGAAUUUUUACGUGAUUUCACCACAAGGAUGUCAAAUAAUGAUCGAGUUGGUAAUAAUGGGCUACUUGCACGCUGUUAUCUCAAGAAGGGAGAGUGGCAGAAAGUUUUACAGGAUGAUUGGGAUAGAGAAACCGUUCCCGAUAUUUUACAAUCUUAUUUGCUUGCAACGCAAUAUGAUAAAGAUUGGUAUAAAGCUUGGCAUGCAUGGGCUCUCGCAAACUUUGAGGUUAUUUCUUUUUAUGAGAAAUUAAAAUCUGCUGAAAAUAAUACAGCAGCCGACCAAACUAUUACUACUGUUACUGAAGAAAUUAGUGGAGACAUUCAACAAGAAGUAUUACGUUACGUAGUACCGUCCGUUCAAGGGUUCUUUAGGUCAAUCGCUCUUUCAAGGGGUAAUUGUCUACAAGAUACAUUGAGACUGCUAACUCUCUGGUUCAAAUAUGGUUAUCAAGAAGAAGUCUGUAGUGCUAUUAAAGAAGGAUUUGGCAGUGUCAAUAUUGAUACAUGGCUCGAAGUUAUUCCGCAGCUGAUUGCGCGAAUUCAUGCUCCAGAUCAAAAAGUGCGCCGCCUUAUUCACGAUUUAUUGGCCGAGGUUGGAAAAGAACAUCCUCAAGCUUUAAUUUAUCCUCUUACUGUUGCAUCUAAAUCUCAGAGUUUUAAUCGACAAACUGCUGCUUCAUCUGUCAUGGAUAAAUUACGGGCGCAUAGCGCUGUUCUUGUUGAACAGGCUUUGCUUGUAAGUCAAGAACUUAUCCGUGUUGCAAUAUUAUGGCACGAAAUAUGGAUGGAAAAUUUGGAAGAAGCAUCUCGUUUAUUCUUUAUUGAGCGUAACUUUGAAGCUAUGUUCAAUAUAUUGGAUGAAUUGCAGGAACGCCUUGAUCGUGGUCCCGAGACUUUGCGGGAAGUAGCAUUUGUACAAGCAUAUGGGAGAGAACUUCAGGAAGCUGGUGGAUGGUGUAAGAAAUAUAAACAAACAGGAGAUAUGACUUUCUUAUCUCAAGCUUGGCAAAUAUAUCACGAAAUGUUUAAAAAAAUAACUGCGCAAGUGGGAACCAUAACAACGCUGGAACUUCAAUACGUUUCGCCGAAAUUACUUGCAGCACGAGACUUGGAAUUGGCAGUUCCAGGCACAUAUAAAAGUGGGGAACCUGUUACCAAAAUAGCAAGUUUCAUCGCUACGGUCAAUAUUAUUUCUUCGAAACAACGCCCUAGAAAAUUGAAUUUGAUGGGUAGUGAUGGCAAGGAAUACCAAUUCUUACUAAAAGGUCACGAAGACUUACGGCAAGACGAACGUGUAAUGCAACUAUUCGGUUUGGUGAAUACUUUGCUCUCUAUAGACUCGGAAACGUUUAAGAGACAUUUACAUAUUCAAAGAUAUACUGUAACUCCUCUCACGCCGAAUAUCGGUCUUCUUGGAUGGAUGGCACCUGACUAUGACCAAUGUACCAUUAUUGAGAAAGUUGAAGUAUUCGAAUUUGCUCUGGCUAACACAACAGGCCAAGACCUUUACAAAGUCUUAUGGCUUAAGAGUAAAAACUCGGAGGCAUGGUUAGAAAGACGUACCAAUUAUACUCGGUCUUUAGCUCUAAUGUCAAUGGUUGGUUAUAUUCUUGGAUUAGGAGAUAGACAUCCAUCAAAUAUCAUGCUUGAUCGUUACACGGGAAAAAUCGUACAUAUAGAUUUUGGUGAUUGUUUUGAGGUUGCAAUGACUCGGGACAAAUAUCCAGAAAAAAUUCCAUUCCGUUUAACGCGUAUGUUGGUCAACGCAAUGGAAGUAAGCGGUAUAGAAGGAAAUUUCCGUACCACAUGUGAGGCUGUUAUGAGCGUUUUAAGAAAGAAUAAGGAAAGCUUGAUGGCUGUUCUAGAAGCUUUUGUACAUGAUCCUUUAAUAAAUUGGAGAAUUAUGGCUAAUCCAAGUCCAAGACAAGAUGGUGAGAACACGCAUGCGGUCGCAAGUACAAGCAAUCGUCGGGCUCGCGAUAUUAUUAAUCGUAUAUCAAAUAAGUUAACAGGCAAAGAUUUCAAACCGAAUCAAGUGUUGGAUGUACCGUCACAAGUCGACAAACUCAUUCAACAAGCAAUCUCAGUCGAGAAUCUGUGUCAAUGUUACAUCGGAUGGUAA